CUCAAGAGAAGAUCUAGGCUCCUCUAAACUAAGCGAUAAUCUUCUUCGGGAAGGAUGAAAACCCGAAGGGAAACAUUACUAAUUAUCACCUUGAUAAUUCAAUUGUUGAUAUCUGUCGUUACGACAAAAGCCAUCAUCGACCAGAAAGCAGAAGAAUCGCAAAACGCCAACAUUCCUGAUGUUGCUAAGAAGCGAUUCGGGUACGAAUAUCCUGCGCCCUCCCCCGAUACACAUAUUGGAUUGAAUCUUCAAUACGAGGAUGCAACCGUACUUCCUUUGCUUCAUAAUGAAGCAAUAACUCAUCAAAGUCAUGAUAAUUAUCACCACUUGGGAAAUAUUGACGAAAUACACCAUGAUUUGGGAUACUGGAAAAAAAAACUGAUCUGGAAGGAAGGAUGGAAGAAAAUCUGGAAACAGGGUCACAAGCAAAUUUGGAAGUCUGAUUGGAAAAAGACCUGGAAGCCUUUUGUGGUAUCUACUGAAAUACCAAUUUGGAAGGAUAUUCAAAUUCCGGCGUGGAAACAGAUCUGGAAACCAAUUUGGAAGGAAAUUCAGGUACCCGCUUGGAAAGAAGUGCAGGUAUCACAUUGGAAAAAAAUUUGGAAACCUAUCUGGGUGCCUCAUAAAGUUCCAGCAUGGAAGGAAGUACAGGUGCCAGCGUGGAAACAGCUUUGGAAACCUGUUUGGAAAGAAAUCCAAGUUCCUGAUUGGAAAGAAGUGCAAGUUCCAGUUUGGAAACAAUACUGGUAUCCCGACUGGAUAAAGGUUGGCAUCCCUGGAGAAAAAUUUUUAGGCAAAGAUCACGAAGGAUGGGAAUACACAAGUCAUGAUCUGUGGAAAAAGAAGUUGGUGUGGAAAUCAGACUGGAAAAAAACAUGGAAAACCGAAAAUAAGCAAAUUUGGAGGACAGAUAAAAAACUAGAAUGGAAAACGGCUUGGAAACAAAUUUGGCACUUGACCAAAAAACAAAUUUGGAUAGAUGAUAAAAAGCUAGCAUGGAAAGAAGCUUGGAAAGAAGAAUGGAAAACAGAAAAAAAGCAAACGUGGGUGCCCGAAAAAAAGCUGGAAUGGAAGGCUGCUUGGUUGCAGAUUUGGAAGCCUAGUAAGAAGCUUAUAUGGGUACCAGAUAAAAAAAUAGAAUGGAAAGAAGCUUGGAAACAAAUUUGGAUUCCUGGCGUCAAAGAGAUUUGGUUGCCGUCUUGGAAGAAAAUUUGGAAACCAGUGUGGAUAUCAGAGUGGUUUCCAUCACCAGAUCACCAUGAUCUACUGCAACAAGAUCACGACUGGGACCGUAAGGAUGAUGCGAAUAAAGGAAAAGCAGUUUUCGAAGAAACCACAUCCAGGAAAAAUCUCAGCAAUCCACGAAUACUAUAGAAAUCAUAACACGAAUAAUACCAUAACAAACUU